AUGGGCGAAAUGGCACGACAGGUAAAACCCCUCCAGAUCGAGGACUAUGGGCUCAUCGGCGACAUGCGAACCUGUGCCCUGGUGGGUAAAAAUGGGAGCAUUGACUUCAUGUGCUGGCCUCACUUCGAUUCCCCGUCCAUCUUCGCCAAUGUGCUUGACACAACCAAAAGUGCGGGAGGGCAUUGGAAGAUCAGCCCGCAGAGUAGUACAGUGUGCAAGCAGAACUACCGAGGAUCCUCCAACCUCCUUCAAACGAAAUGGAUUGACGAGGACGGCGUGGUCAACCUCACCGACUUCUUCGCUGUCUCGAAGCAUAACAAAGUCCUGCGAGAGAAAUGGAGCGGUUCGACCUUGGUGAGGAAGCUGGAGUGCGUUCGGGGGAAGAUGUCCAUCUAUAUCGAAUUGUGUCCGCGCCCCGACUAUGCUCGAGGUCAGGGUUCGAUGAGAGCGUCCGAGGUCAAGAGCGAGGACGGCACCUAUCACCAGACCCUUGCCUGGGUUCCCGACGACAAGGAGAGAGCGGGAUCCGCCGACAUCCCCGAAUUCCACGCCACAUUCUGUACCCACGACCGCCCGGUCUCCUCCACGCCGAAGAUGUUCCAGCCCAUCAAGCUCGGCGAAUCUGCUCCCAGUGGCAGCAAGACACGAUCAUUCAGAGCCCGUGUCGAUCUUGAGGAAGGCCAGCAAAUCUUCAUGAUCAUGUGCAAUCGCCAUGUGGCUCCGCAUCUGACCAAAGACCUGGUGAUGAACUUGGAGAACGACGCCUACAAAUUCUGGACCAACUGGGUGCGCGCAUGCCAAUACCGCGGGCGCUUCCAGCAAGAAGUCGAAAGGAGCAUGCUCAUCCUCAAACUCCUGACAUAUGACCCGACAGGCGCCAUCGUCGCGGCACCGACGUUCUCGCUUCCAGAGGCUAUCGGCGGGCCACGGAAUUGGGACUACCGCUACUCCUGGGUGCGGGAUUCCAGCUUCACAGUCUAUGUGUUGCUCAAAAUGGGCUUCCCCGCCGAGGCAGAAGCAUAUAUCAACUUUAUUUUCGCCCGCAUUGCCGAAUGGCGCAAGAAGGCCGAGGCGGCGUCUGCGGGAGAGAGACAACAUCUCCCGUUGAUGUUCGGCAUCGACGGCUCCACGUGCCUGCCGGAGCUCACGCUCGACCAUCUCGGGGGGUAUCAAGACAGCGUGCCUGUCCGCAUCGGCAAUGCCGCCACGGAUCACGUCCAACUCGACAUCUACGGCGAGCUCAUGGACGCCAUCUACCUGUACAACAAGCAUGGGAAGCCCAUCUGCUAUGCCCAAUGGCUCGACAUCCGCUACUUGACCGACUUCGUGUGCGAGGUCUGGACGCAGCAAGACAUGUCCAUCUGGGAGGUGCGCGGCCGCAAGCAGCAUUUCACCUACUCCAAAAUCCUCCUGUGGGUGGCCGUCGAUCGCGCCCUGCGUCUCUCCGAGAAGAGAAACUUCCCCUGUCCCAACCGCACCAAGUGGCUCGAGACGAGAGACACCAUCUACGAGGAGGUGAUGCAAAAGGGCUUCAACUACCAGAUGAACAGCUUCGUGCAGAGUUACGAGUCCAACACGACCUUAGAUUCCGCCGUGCUGAUUGCGCCCUUGGUGUUCUUCAUGAGUCCGAACGACCCGCAGUUUGUUGGCACGUUGGAUCGCAUCCUGCGAACCCCGGAAAAGGGGGGGCUCACGAGCGCCGGGUUCGUGUUUCGCUACGAUCAUGAGCAGACUGACGAUGGCGUGGGCGGCCGCGAAGGCACCUUCGUGAUGUGCACCUUAUGGCUCAUUGAAUCGUUGAUCCGGGCGGCAAAAUAUGACUCCAAGUACCUCGAGCGCGCCAACAUCAUGUUCGAAACCGUCACCAAUUUUCGCAACCACGUUGGCAUGUUGAGUGAAGAGAUCGCCCUCUCUGGCGAACAGCUGGGCAACACGCCGCAGGCCUUCAGCCACCUGGCGUAUGUGUCUGCGGCGAUCAAUCUUGCACGGGUCACCCGAGGAGAUUUCGAAGGCGGCUUUGGCACGUAG